GCCAUAACCCGCCAUGCUGCUCCGCGCGUUGUGCACUCUCGCGGUCGCCACCGCCUCCGUCGCUGGUCAACAGCUUCCCCUCUUCGGCUCGGUUUUAAGCUACGCGUAUAGCCAAUCGGCGCGUCAGGCGUCAGGGAGCGUCGCGAGCUACGAUCUGAAGGUCUCAAACUUCGAUGCGGGGUUGUUUACCCCGGUGGAGAGCCUGAGCGCCUUAUCGGACGCGACGUACACGACGCUCGCGCAUCCAGCGUUCCCGAAACACAGCGUCAGAAUCAAGAAAUCGACGGACUUUUGCGAUGGUGGAGUCAAUGCCUACACGGGUUACAUCGACAUCGAAGCCAAACAUCUCUUUUUCUACUUCUUUGAGAGUAGGAACGAUCCGGACAAGGACGAUGUGAUCCUCUGGACAAAUGGCGGCCCAGGCUGCAGCUCGUCGAUCGGGCUGUUCAUGGAACUCGGUCCCUGCCGUGUUCCCUCCGCAGACCACAAGACAGUGUAUAACCCAUACUCAUGGAAUGCCGCCGCGAACAUCUUCUUCAUCGACCAGCCCGUCGGUGUCGGUUUCUCGUACGCUGAACAUGGUGAACACGUCGACACCACCGAAGACGCCGCCGCCGACAUCGCCGCCUUCGUCGCGAUCUUCUUCGAGAACUUCAGCAAGUUCAAAGGGCGCGGGUUUCACAUGGCUGGCGAAUCGUACGGCGGGCGAUACAUACCCGUGUUCGCGUCGGCCGUAUACGACCAGAACGCGAAGCUCGUCGAGGCGGGCCUUACCCCGAUCAACUUGACGUCUAUCAUGAUCGGCAACGGAGUGACGGACUUCUACACUCUGGAACCCUCCAAGUACGACAUGAUGUGCACGCCUGCAUCUGUAGACCCGAUCUUGCCUGUCGCUGAUUGCGUCCGCAUGAAGCAAGCCAUCCCCCGAUGCCAAAAAUGGGCGAAAGAAUCCUGCGUCGACCAGUUCGACGCCAUCAACUGCGGCGCCGCCAUGAGCUUCUGCGCGACCGAGAUCGACGCCCCGUUCUUCUCCACCGGCAUGAAUCCCUACGACAUCAGCAAAGUGUGCGACGGCCCGCUCUCGGAAACGCUCUGCUACCCGAUCACGAAGCACAUCAGCAGCUUCCUCGACCUGCCCUCCGUCCGCGACGCGCUCGGCGUCGACCCCGCCGUGACGGGCAACUUCACCUCCUGCUCGUCCGCCGUCGGCGCCCAGUUCCACGGCGCGAUGGACAUGUACCGGCCCACCUACCUCUACGUCGCGGCGCUGCUCGAGCGCGGCGUGCGCGCGCUGAUCUACGUCGGCGCGUACGACUGGAUCUGCAACUGGGUCGGGAACGAGCGGUGGACGCUCGAGCUGGAGUGGACGGGCCAGGAGGAGUUCGCGGGACUGGAGCUGAGGGAGUGGGAGGUGAACGGCACCGCCGCGGGCAAGACGAGGAGCGCGAGGGGGCUCACGUUCGCGACCGUGGACGGCGCGGGGCACAUGGUCCCGUACGACAAGCCGGCGGAAUCUUUGGAGCUCGUGAAGCGGUGGCUCGCGGGCCAGGAGCUUUGAGAACCCCAGAAAAUCGCCGCGCAGAUGGGGUUGUUUCUUUGUGCUUCAGAUAGGCAACAUCGAGAUAGUUACGUCAUUAUCGUACACGUCUG